CUAUCGAAGAACUUCAAGCCACUCACGCUUUUAAACCAUAGGAAUGAUGAGAUGCCCCAAGAGACAGGGUCUACAACAGAUGUGCCGAUCGAUGUCUUUUUCAAAGACUCGGGUAUCAUUAAUCGGGAGGGGCAUCAGGCAAAAAGGCUCGCUCGUAAUACUAGUCUCAAUUCAUGGUAAAUAACUCCAUUGAUUUCUGGUCCCCUAGCGCCACUUAUGAGCCGCAUACCACCACUCCAUACACCCACUUAAAGAAUCACGCAACCUUGCAGUCAACCGGCCUUGGCAGCCUUAGGAGGAUACUUCUUUCCCUCCCUCUCCACCUGAGGAGUGCAAGUGCAGCGCUCGCUCUCGGGGAUCGAGUCCAUCACAGAGGGAAUGUGGUUUCCGCACCCCCACCAGGUGACCUUGUCUGUGCCACACUAUUAGUUGCUGGUCCUUGAACCCCUUUUGCACGAGUUGAACUUACUGCAGGUAGAGCAGUGAGCCUUCAUACACAUGUUGGGUGAGUUGAGGGAUAGUGGCUUUUUGUGAAAAAUUCUUGUGAAUGAUGCGAUAGAAAAAAUGUAUAACGACAGUCUUUCUUGCUCGUUUGCGUUGGGUAAUGGCAAGAUGGCGGGAGGCGCGCGCGGGAAGUGGCUUUAUACACUUUGUGUCCUUGCCUUAGUCAUAGCCGACGAUCUGGAGACGCCGAUUAAUGAAGCCCGAAAGCCCGAGCUACUAUCGGCGUUCAUAUUCCGUCUGUCACAAAUCAGACUAGGGACAUUACCAUACACUGAAGGGCAACUAUUAUCAUUGAAGCUAGGGUUCAGUGGUUUUUCAGUAUAUGUGAAUAGGUUGAACAAGAUCUGUGGCUUCAUUCUUUCAAUCGCGAUAAGCAAGCGAACGUGUGGUUUAGUGGGGCACAGCACGGAGAGCCGAAUUUGAGCUCUGAUUACCACUGACCACAUUUCUGCAAUACAACGUAGGUUUAUCUUGCCGGAAUUCAAGCCAUCGAGAAGAUAAUAUUCGUCAUCGGGUUCUAUUAUCUACGAUGACCGUUAUAGCUGUCGCUGGUGGCACCGGUGGCGUGGGGAAGACAAUCGUGGAAAGAUUGUCUCAGGAGUCUAACGUGAAACUCAUUGUCCUAACACGCAGUGAACAUGGUCCGCAAGGAAAUAUUCAACACGUUCAGAUCGACUACAGCGACAUCCCUUCCAUGACCGCGGAGCUGGAACGCCACCAUGUACACACUAUCAUAUCCGCGAUCGGCCUUGUCUCCGAUGAGACCAGCCAAUCCCAGCUAAACCUAAUCGAAGCAGCGGAACUGUCCAGCUCAACUAAGCGUUUCAUUCCGAGCGAGUUCUCCUUUAUUCAGACACCCGAGCUGUUGCCCAUAGAUCCAAGCAUCCAGUAUUGGCUUGAUGCUGCAGAUCGUUUGAAAUCUAGCUCUCUGACAUACACCCGCGUCAUUCCGGGCUUCUUCAUGGACUAUUGGGGCAUGCCACAUGCGAAAACAAAUCUUCAGCCAUGUGUCUUCGGCAUCGAUAUCGCCAAUGGUGUAGCCGCUAUCCCCGGUGAUGGCAAUGAUGUUAUUUGUAUGAUAUACACGUACGACCUGGCGAACUAUUUGGUGAGGAUGCUUGAACUCGAGGACUGGCCAGAAUUUAGUGUAUUUGUGGGUGAUCAAGUGACCUACAACGAGAUUCUGGCCAUAGCAGAGGAUAUCAAGGGCGAAAAAUUCAACACAUCAUACGACAGUGUCGACCAGAUCAAUGCGGGCAGUGUCACUGUCCCACCCAUGCCCAGCACCAUGGGAUCACCGGAGGAACUGAAGGAAGUUACAGCAUUGGUCAGUCGUCUCACCGUGGCUGGAGUGUUUGACUUGCCCAAAGAAAACCGGAUGAGUGACCGAUUCCCCGAAGUAAGACCUGUUAAAUUCAAGGAAUUCAUGGCGAAGUGUUGGGUAGAGAAGCAACCAUAGUAUCGUGUACCAAUUAGACAUGUCGGUCUGCUAGGAAAGAGCGAGCCAACUGAUUUCACCCCCAAAAUUGCACUUCAAUCGAGAGUGGCGCAAAGUCCCUGCUAGAAUCGGCG